CCCCCCGACCUCCCAAGUAAUGACAGCGUCAAGGAGCACUAUGCCAUCAGCAAUAUGAUGAGAACAGACGGAGUCCAGCUCCACCUAAUGGCAUUUGACAUACGACGACGUUGGCAGUCAUCCAAAUUUAAGGCGCGGAUCCCGGAGAUUACAUCGCGAUUUCCUAACAAAAGGUCUCUCGCAAAGGCUUUCGAUCAAGACCUCCAGAAUGUUGUGGUUGUGGGGGCGGACCCCGGUGAAGUAAUUUCAGCAUCAUUUUGUGCGCUGGACCCCCGAAAACCGAACCAAGUCACGAACUUACCUAUCAGACGCUCCGCUCUCUACAGUCCCAGCUUGUCAUUCAGAGUCGCGCUGGAGGCCAAAAAACGCGAACGGACCACUGUCACAAUCAAAGACGAUACAGGAUUAAGCGGGCACACAUGCGAGACGCCUAGCAUAUCCGAAUUAGAAGCCUCGCUGCCGUCGUCGUCGUUCGUAAGCAUGGAAGAACACCGGCAUGGCCUCCGACAGUUCAGCUAUGUCCUACAACCACUUCGCGAUUUUUACGGAUCCCGUUCGAUGAAAAAAAGGCUGUGGGAGCUCAAAAAGGCGAACCGGGCUGAGAAGGAUCAUGCCGUGCAUGGGGCAUUGCGAACUGUGGACCCACAAGGCGGGAUGCAUACUGGGCCAACGAGACCGGCGAUGUUUGUAUACGGGUCAGGAAAGUUCAACACUCAUAACAGGCUGGCAUCGCUACACGAGAGCUUCAAGGGGUAUUUUUUCCACAAGGUAUGUUGUUUUAAAGAUAUUCGUUGCGAUUUGCUUGUUUUCAGUCUAGUAUCGAUACUGAUGCCAUGUUUCCGCAUGCCAUUGCACUACAUAGGUAAACAGCCUCGGGUACACCGUCGUUUGUUCGGAUGAGUAUCUCACGUCAUCGAAAUGCCCAAGCUGUGUACGACAAAACAAGGACCGAAGAAUGGCAAAGCCAGCGAAUCGGGCGUUCGUCUGUCUUGAGGAUGGGUGCCAGAGAUGGCUAGACGGGGACUGCGUGGGCGCUCAGAAUUUGGCUAAUAUUGGCCUCGAAUGGAUCAAUAGCCUGUCUCGCCCAGAGCCCCUUCGCCGACCCCAGCAAGAAUAACUGUACCG